UCGUUUUGCGUCGCCGUCGUCAUCCCUCCUCGUCUGACGCCUCUGCUACGUGGAAGCCUCCCGCCGCCAUUUGCACGUAGCGAGGCUGCAAAGCGACGGCCACGAGUGCCGACUGCUGCUCCUGUUGACUCGCCGUCACCAGCCACACAACCACACGUGUCCGCGCGCUCCGACCCCCGGCCGCCCCUCCCCACGGCACGCGAAUCCUACCGCAACCACCAUGGCCGACGGCUCCAUCAAGUCGAGAAUCGCAGCGCUGAACCUCGAGGAAGUGCAUACCCCGCUGCCCGGUGCGAAGCCCGCCUACACCUACGAUGCGGCCACCAUCAAGAAGAAGCCGCCGCCGCCUCCCCCACCCAGCGCGCGGCCGCCCGCCUACUCACGCCAGUCGGUGAACAACCCGCCCAUCCUCAGCAAUGCGCCCACCUCUGCGCGGCAGCUUGGCAACCAGCCCGUCGCAGCAAGCGAAGCCCCAACUUCAAAGAUCUCGCCAGCGCUGCCCCCUCGCGUGCCUCCCCGCAAUGGCACGACGCCUCGACAGACGCCGGCCCUGCCUCCUCGCAAGCCCUCGGAGCACCACACCGUGACGCGGCGCGAGUCUUCCGAGUCUAUUUCCACAAUCGCCUCGGGCAUCUCAACACUGUCCUUGGGCUCUGUCAAGACAAACGGCACUGCGCACAGCAAUGCGAGUACAGGCACGCUGCACCACAUCAGGGCUCCGGCAUUCGACCCAACCAAGCUGCCCCCGCUACCCCCAAAGAAGGCUCCCGAGGACACUAAGAAGAGCAGUGCCACCCUCAGCGCCAUGAAGAGUAAGCGUGAUACUGUGCCUGCGCGAGCCCUUCCGCCGCAGCUCAAGACUCCGGACUUGCCAGCGCGUCCGUCCUUGCCUCCCAGGCAAUCAGUGCUUCGCGAGCGAUCACCCAAGCCAGCUCCAGCCCUGCCACAGAGGCAGCCGUCUAACGACACGCAGCAAACCAAGAGAGCGAUUGCGCCACCACCCCCUAAACGAUCUGCGCUGGAAAUGGGCUUCAACAACAAGGCACCUUCGCCUCCGCCCGUACCCUCGACUCGGCCGCCCGCAACCACAUCUCAGUCCUCACCCUCGCCUGGAGCACCCCCGCCUGUCCCACUAUCGUCUAGACCCAACCUCGAUGCGAUUAUGGCCUCAAAGCCAAAGCCAGGCGCUGUUGGAGGCUGCCUUAAAUGUCGAGAUUUUUCCGCCCCAGACAAUCAUGCUACGCGCUUUCCACGUACCCAGCUCGCUUCUUCUGAUGUUGGUUGGCUUGCCCAUCAGCUUUGUUCACCAUUUCCUUCGCCAACCGACAAGGCAAGAGUCAUCUUCACCUGGCUCCACCAUAACGUUGAUUACGAUGCUCACUCUUUCUUCAACAAUACUGUGGCUCCAACCACCCCAGAGAAGACCAUCGCUUCCGGUCUGGCAGUAUGCGAGGGCUAUGCUGGUCUGUUCGCGGCUCUGGCUCUGAAGGCAGGCCUCGAAGCCAUAGUCUGCUCUGGUGCCAGCAAGGGGUACGGCCAUACGCCGUUGGAGCCCGGACAGGCCGUGCCACCGUACCAAUCAACUCAUGCCUGGAACGCCGUCAAGAUCGACAAUGGAGAAUGGAAGCUUGUCGACCCAUGCUGGGGAGCUGGGCAUAUUGGAAAUCGAGUAUACAUAAAGUCGUUCAACCCGCGCCAAUUCACAAUGGACAAUGAGGAAUUUGGAUUGACACACUUUCCCGGAGACGCUUCUCAGCAGCUGCGCAGCGAUGGUCGUGUCAUCUCCUAUGAAGAUUUCAUGCGUGAUGAUCAAGGCGGCCGCGUGCAGGUAUUUAGUGAUGCUUUCAAAGAGCACGGCGUCGGUGAGCGAACGUUUGAGCCUUCACAAGCACAGAUCAAAGUCCACGACCCUCAUGCACCGGCCAUGAUUAGAUUUCAAUUCUCGACUGUCUGCCCGCACUGGGACCACGCCCGCCAUGGCAAAGGCGCGCCCUAUAUUAUGCUGCUGAGCAUUGCAGGACGAGACGGUCGCAACCCAGACCACAAGACGUUCAAUACCGAUGGGCAUACUUGGUGGCUUGACGUGCCUCGGGUCGAGCUCGGUGCACCUGGUCAAAAAGUAUCGGUCAAUGCCAUUACUGUGUUCAACGACCAAGACGCUCGGGGUAUGAGCGUAGCCACCUGGAACAACAAGACAGCCUAUUCGUGCAAGUUUGGCGGAGUGGCCGCAUGGGAGCUUAUUUGAGGCUCCGGGGAUAUGCUGGCUUUAUAAUAUGAGCGUAAUGAAGACAGGUAAGAAAAAUGGGUGGAUACCCUGCGGAUGGUGUGGUGUCGGCGCACGGCAUAGAUCUAAUGUAUUUGCAAUGGUAUAAUGAUAUAAUUAUC